UUCUUGUCAUGAUUGUCUGCUAUUGUUCUGGGUCCAGUGCGAUGCACUCGAUGAGAGUAAUCAUACAAUUCAUCCGCUAGUUUGUUCCCUAGUGGCCGAGUGAUUGUUUAUUAACAUUUUGUCCAUUGUUUAAUUGACCGACGGAAAUGCUCAAAAUAGAUAUUGCUGAAACAGUGGGGAAUUUGGUAAAUCGCGGACAGGACGAGCCCGAUGCCGUACCAAGCAGUGAUCCCGCUUCAGCGAAAUAUCACGUGUACUGCGGUGGAACUUUUAGACCGGAAUUUAUGCGGCAGAUAUUUCUAGUUCACUGGCUGACAGCACUUGGCGUUCUAGGGACCGGAAUAUACUUAAUGAUUGAGCAACCCACCUGUAAUAAGUACGGUCUAUUGUUACUGCUAGAGUGCGGCUACUGCAUGCUUACCCCGUUUCUUCUGAAUUCGAUCAAACGAGACUGUAGGUCGUUGAAGAAAAGCAAUCCCGACCUGCGCCUUCUUCUGCAACGCUACAGAACCAAACCGAUUGAGAUCGUCUUUGGAUUCAAGGGGAUACUAUUGGUCAUGCAGAGUAUUGUCAGCGUAAAUUUUCUCGCAUCAAACUGCAACACUUUUGACGAAAUUUUCUGGCCGUUUAUGGUGAUCUUCAUCGGGGUGGAAACUUUUUGUCUGUCAUUGUUUUACGUUCCGGCUGUUGUGACCUUGUCCAAAUGUAUAGCUAAACAGGCUAAAUCGGCUGAACCACAACAGGAGAUGCCAGUGACGGCCGAUCAGCCAACUACCCAAAAAGAAUUGGUAGAUGCACUUCUACAAUUGACAAUACUCAUCAAUGAAACAGAGAUGUGUCGUGACGAAAUGGAGAAGUGCUUAUGCAAACUACAACAGCAAUCUUAGAAAAUUUAUUUGAUUAUUCAAUUGUUGUCUGUUCAACGGUAGAUAAUAAUAAACUUAAUA